UUUCGACCGGUGACGCACAUUUCCCGCCCUCACUUUCUGCUGUCCCGUGCGCGUGUGGGGAAGAUCAACAGAACAAAGUGGUUUCACAUAGUUGUUUUUUUUGUUGUCGUUGUUGAUAUAUUUCAUUUUAUCCAGACGUCAGCGGAUAACGAUGCCCUCCACGCAGGACUGGAUCGACAACCCUCUGGGUGUUGUGGAAGCGAUGUUCGCUGCGUCCCAGAAGAGUCCAGACUCUGGGUGGGAGGCGAAAGCGGUCGACUUUUUUAAAGAGAAGCUGAAAGAGAAGGACGCUCACACUUGGGUCCCGUCUCUGAACGACGUCCCUCUGCACUACCUGAAGCCCAACAGCCUGGUGAAGUUUCGCUGUUUGAUCCAAGACAUGUUCGAUCCGGAAUUCUACAUGGGAGCGUACGAGACCGUUGAUCCGUCGACCAAGGCUAAAGUGCUGCAAUGUGGGAAGUACAAAGAUGUGACUGAAUGUGGGGUGGAUUUAAACUCCAGAAACACAGUGACUGCAGAGAGACAGACUUUCUACUGUGUGCCGGUCCCUGGAGAAAAUCUCUGGGUGAAAGACAGCUUUGCCGGCUCCACCCAAGCAAGAGUGGUUCCCUCCACCUCGUAUGCGCCCAGCAGACAGAAGCGUAGCUACGAGGAAGACGAGGAAGACGUGGACGACAUGGACACGCAGCCGCAGAAACUGAGGGAGCCGCAUACUGGUCCUCAUGUUCCCACAGAGCAGCAGGGCAACGGCGACAGUAAACGGCAAGAGACAGAAGCUCCAUCCAGCCAGACGGCACCUGCCUCUCAUCUCGACCUCAACUUCCCCCUGCCAGGAGAGAAGGGUCCCUCCUGUUUAGUCAAGGUAUACAAGGACUGGGACGCCUUCAAACUGAACGACACGCUCGAGGUCUUCGGGAUCCUCUCUGUCAGUCCCGCUCUCAGUGCUCUGGCAGACGAGAAAGACGCCUCCUCAUCCAUCCUGGACCCUGCAGAGUGCAUGGAGACGGCAGAGGAGCAGAGAGUGCACAGCCCGCCGGCCUCGCUCGUCCCUCGCCUCCACAUGCUCCACGCCAAGCCACUGCAGCACAACAACCCCCUGCUGCCCUCCGUCACCUUGAAGGACAACAGUGCCUUUUUAUCCUCGACCCUGAGCGAGAUGGCCUCUGUUCGGGCAGAGCUGCUCGCAUACCUCACUCACAUCCUUCUGGGAGAUGCCCUGGCUGCCGAGUACCUCAUUCUGCAUCUCAUUUCUAACGUGUACACCAGGCGAGAUAUUCUUCCACUGGGCAAAUUUACCCUGAACCUGAGCGGCUGUCCUACAGUCGCCUCGUACACUGAGCGCCUCUACCAGAUCAUCCAGCACCUUGUUCCUUCUUCGUAUUAUCUGGGCAUGAGCCUCCAAAACAUGAACCAGAUGCGGCUGGUGCCUAAGAAGGACUAUGUGGCCAACCGGCUGGUGAGCGGAGCCUUGCAGCUGGCCAGAAACACUUCCCUCUUCCUGGAUGAAACCAAGCUGGAGCAGGGACAGCUGGACACAACAGGUGUGCGUAACGUCACCGCCCUGGGGAACCUGAUCUCGUGGCAGAAGGUUGAUUAUGACUUUAACUACCACCAGAUGGAAUUCCCCUGCAAUAUUAACGUGCUCAUCGUGUCAGAGGCCCGCUCGCUGCUUCCGUCAGAUUGUCAGAUACCCGUACAGUCUCAGGUUGACCCAGCCCACAUGGACGAGUAUCUCAGCAGCAUUCACAUGCAUCCACAGGCCUCGUCGCAGAUGAACAAGCUCAGAAUCUACCUGAGUGUCGCUCGGCUGCUGGACUACAGCAUCUCCGAUGAAGUGACAAAGUCAGUUGAGGAUGACUUUGUUGAUAUGAGGAAGGACGACCCCCAGAGCAUAUCUGCCGAGGACCUCCACAGGAUGCUCGUUGUGGCAAGGUUGUUGUCUCUGAGCCUGGGACAGACGUCUCUGUCCAGAGACAGCUGGCUGAGAGCCAAACACAUCGAGGCGCUGCGGAGGAGCCGUGUGGAGCAGCACAAGUGCGUCAACGGCAAUGAGCCGUGAUCACACAGACAAAUGAGAUGGCUCUUUGUUUUUUCCUUUUUGAUACCAUUAAAAAAAAAAAAAAGUUUGUAAUAAAUGUUUUUCAAAUGCCA